AUGGUCAACACAUUUGGUGGGAGUGGCCCGGCACACGCCCAGGCCUCACUACCCUCACUCCCCGCCCACUUGCAGUCUGAUACACAUCUCACAGCCCAUCUGGCAAGCCGCUUCCAUGUUGGCUUGCCGACAGCCCGCCUAUCCUCUCAGGCCCUGAUUGCUCUCAACACAUAUUCAUCGGCUACCAAGGGCCCCGACGGAGGAAAGGCAGGCAGCGCUGCGGGCGAGGCCGAAGACCUGGCAAAGCGUGCCUUCACUCGGCUGGGUGCGCGUGCGGAGAACCAGGCCGUUGUAUUUCUAGGAGAGAGCGGGUCCGGCAAAACCACCCUUCGCUCACACCUGCUUUCAUCGUUCUUAUCCUUUUCAUCGACCCCACUGUCCUCCAAGCUCUCAUAUGCCGCCUUCGUGUUCGACACCCUUACAACCACAAAGUCUGUUACCACGCCCACAGCAUCCAAGGCUGGCCUCUUCCUCGAGCUGCAAUAUGAUGGCUCCUCAUCCGUUAAUCCCACCCUGAUCGGUGGUAAGAUUAUCGACUACCGUUUGGAGCGAAGCCGUAUCUCUUCAGUGCCUACCGGAGAGCGAAGCUUCCAUGUCCUGUACUAUCUGUUGGCUGGAACCAGCGGGGCUGAGAAGUCGCAUCUUGGCUUUGAGAACAGCAUCCAUAUCCAGACCGGGAACAAGCUCUCAGGAGGAGCCGUCAGUCACAAAAGAUGGCGUUAUCUCGGUCAUCCAACCCAGCUGAAGAUUGGAAUCAACGACUCAGAAGGAUUCCAACACUUCAAGACCGCUCUCCGCAAAUUGGAGUUCUCUCGUGGAGAGAUUGCCGAGAUUUGCCAAAUUCUGGCUAGUAUUCUUCACAUUGGACAGAUGGAAUUCGCCAUGGGCGCAUCCACCACUACCGGUGCAGAGGAGAGUGGUGGCUACUCACACGAAGGUGGUGAGACCGUCACUGGGGUGAAGAACAAGGAUGUUCUCGAGAACGUUGCUGCUUUCUUGGGUCUCAGCGUCGAUGCUUUGGAAGUAAGCUUGGGUUACCGCACCAAGACCAUUCACCGUGAGAGAGUCACGGUGAUGCUUGACCCCCAGGGUGCACGAGAGAAUGCCGACGCAUUCGCACGUACUAUCUACUCUCUCUUGGUUACAUACGUGAUCGAAACAGUCAACCAGCGUAUUUGUGCUGCGGAAGAUAGUGUCGCGAACACGAUUUCGAUUGUUGAUUUCCCAGGAUUCGCCCAAGCCCCCUCCACUGGAUCUACUCUGGACCAACUUCUCUCCAAUGCCGCCACCGAAUCGCUCUACAACUACUGUCUGCAGUCAUUCUUUGACCACAAGGCUGACAUCUUGGAUCGCGAGGAAAUCACAGUGGCUGCUACUAGUUAUUUCGACAACACGGACACUGUCCGAGGUCUACUGAAGCAUGGAAAUGGCCUGUUGAGUAUCCUCGACGACCAGACCAAGCGUGGUCGAUCUGAUGCUCAGUUCCUGGAAAGUGUGCGCAGACGCUUCGAGAACAAAAACCCUGCCAUCUCUGUCGGUGGAGCCGGUGGAUCAACUUACAUGUCUCAAGCCCGCAGUGCGUUCACCGUGAAGCACUUUGCCGGUGAGGUUGACUACUCCACCACAGGUUUAAUUGAGGAGAACGGUGAAGUCAUCUCAGGAGACUUGAUGAACCUCAUGCGUUCCACACGCAGCGACUUUGUGCGUGAACUGUUCCACCAGGAAGCUUUGCAGACCAUCUCCCACCCCCAAGAAAAGACUGCUAUCAUGCAGGCCCAGGUCAGCUCUAAGCCCCUCCGCAUGCCCAGCAUGGCUAGACGCAAGACUGGAGCACCCUCUCGAUUCGCCGCACCGAGCGCCCACCCCGAGGAAGAAGAAGGCGACGACAACGAAGCCCCGGCCGAGGGCUCUAAACGUGCCAGCGCACGGAAGAGUGGAAUGCCUGCUGGCCCAGCACAAGGUGCCGCCGGACAGUUCCUUUCUGGCUUGGAGAUAAUCAACAAAUGUCUCAGCUCUUCAAACCUGAACCCAUAUUUCGUCAUUUGUCUUAAGCCCAAUGACCGUCGCAUUGCCAACCAAUUCGACAGUAAAUGCGUGCGUAUGCAGGUUCAAACCUUCGGCAUCGCCGAAAUCAGCUCGCGUCUUCGGAAUGCUGAUUACAGCGUCUUCCUUCCAUUUGGAGAGUUCCUUGGGCUCGCUGACAUCGGUAACGUUGUUGUGGGAAGCGACAAAGAAAAGUCUGAGGUCGUCCUCGAUGAAAAGCGCUGGCCCGGCAAUGAGGCGCGCGUCGGUAGCACGGGUGUAUUCCUCAGUGAACAGCGCUGGGCCGAUAUUGCCAAAGUCGGCGACCGUGUUGUGCCUGCCUAUGGACCUUCUGGAGGUGACGGUGGCGACGGCUUCCAAAGUCCAAGUGGAGAGCCUGACUCCAAGCACCGCCUGCUUGGUCCCAAUGAUCAAUCCCCGGGCGCAUUUAUUUACGGAGAUGAGGCUAAACAGGGCUACUUCGGUAGCCGUGAAAUGGAUGGACGUUCUGAUGCUGGUGGCUCCGCCUUCAACUCGGGCGAUAUGUUCAAGAACAUGGACACGAAAGAGCAGAUGCUUGAGAAGGGCAAUGAAAAGAAGAUGGAAGAGGUUGACGAGGCCAAGGUCUCUGGCAGCCGUCGGCGCUGGAUGUUCCUCGUCUACCUCCUCACUUUCUUCAUUCCCGACUUUGUCAUUCGCUUUGUCGGUCGCAUGAAGCGCAAGGAUGUCCGAGUUGCUUGGCGUGAGAAGCUGGCUAUCAACAUGAUCAUUUGGUUCGCCUGCGGUGUUGCAGUGUUCAUGAUUGUUGGUUUCCCUGGAGUGGUUUGUCCGACGCAAGACGUGUACAAUACCGCUGAACUCAGCGGCAAUAACGGCAAGGGCAACGCAAAUUCAUAUGUCGCUAUCCGUGGUGUGGUUUUCAACCUUGGGGACUUCAUGCCUACUCACUACCCCUCCAUUGUUCCGCAGAAGCAAUUGAAGAAUUAUGCUGGAAUGGACGCCACCAACCUCUUCCCUGUCCAGGUUUCCGCUCUUUGCCAAGGUACCACUGGUACCGUCGAUCCCAGUGUCCCCUUGGAUUAUCGGUCCAACCUCAACGACUCGGCAACUACAACUUCAUCCAGUACAUUCGAUGUCAACGCCAAGUACCACGAUUUCCGCUCUUGGACCAAUGACUCUCGUGCCGAUUGGUUCUACGAGCAAAUGGUCAUGAUGCGCUCCAAUUACAAGAAGGGUUAUAUUGGUUACACCAUGAAGGCGAUGAAGAAGCUUGCGACCGACGAUUCCAAGAAGGUUGUCAGUAUUAAUGGCAAAAUUUACGACAUGACCUAUUAUAUUGCUGGACCCCGAGUUCCUCGCUGGCCAGCAGGAAAGAAUGGCACCAGCAACGUCAAAACCGAUUACAUGGACUCGAAGGUUGUGGAUAUCUUCCAAGGAAAAGCUGGAUACGAUGUCACCAAGUAUUGGGAUGACCUGAGCUUGACCGCCGCUGAGAGAUCUCGCAUGCAACUCUGUCUUGAUAAUCUGUUCUUCAUCGGCAAGGUUGAUACUCGAGACUCAGUUCGCUGUCAGUUUGCCCGUUACUUCAUUCUUGCUAUUUCCAUCAUGCUUGUUGCCAUCAUUGGUUUCAAAUUCCUGGCUGCUCUGCAGUUCGGAAGGAAGAAUCUUCCCGAAAAUCUGGACAAGUUCAUCAUUUGCCAGGUGCCUGUGUAUACCGAAGAUGAGGAGUCGUUGCGUCGUGCUAUGGACUCCAUGGCCCGCAUGCGCUACGAUGACAAGCGCAAACUUCUGCUUGUCAUUUGUGACGGUAUGAUUAUUGGUCAAGGCAACGAUCGCCCUACUCCUCGCAUCGUUCUCGACAUUCUGGGAGUCCCUGAAUCCGUGGACCCCGAGCCUCUGAGCUUUGAAAGUUUGGGCGAGGGAAUGAAGCAGCACAACAUGGCCAAGCUCUACUCUGGUCUUUACGAGGUCCAGGGCCACAUUGUCCCCUUCUUGGUUGUCGUCAAGGUUGGAAAGCCCUCCGAGGUCUCUCGUCCUGGUAACCGUGGUAAGCGUGACUCUCAGAUGGUUCUCAUGCGCUUCCUCAACCGCGUACACUACAACCUGCCCAUGAGCCCUAUGGAGCUUGAAAUGCACCACCAUAUCCGGAACAUCAUUGGCGUCAAUCCACAAUUCUAUGAAUACAUCUUACAGGUCGACGCCGAUACAAUGGUUGCCCCCGAUGCAGCCACGCGAUUCGUGUCUGCAUUCCUUUCUGAUACCCGCCUGAUUGGUGCUUGUGGAGAGACAUCUUUGUCCAACGCCAAGACUUCUAUUGUAACCAUGAUCCAGGUUUACGAAUACUACAUCUCCCACAACUUGACCAAAGCUUUCGAGAGUUUGUUCGGAUCCGUCACCUGUUUGCCUGGUUGUUUCACCAUGUAUCGCAUUCGCACAGCAGAGCACGGAACGCCGCUAUUCGUCAGCAAGGCCGUGGUCGACGCCUAUUCCGAAAUUCGGGUUGAUACUUUGCACAUGAAAAACUUGCUGCACCUUGGUGAAGAUCGUUACUUGACAACCCUCCUCAUCAAAUUCCACCCCAAGUUCAAGACAAAGUACAUCUUCCGAUGCCAUGCCUGGACAGUCGCCCCCGAGAGCUUUGCAGUCUUCCUUUCCCAGCGUCGCCGAUGGAUCAAUUCCACAGUCCACAACCUGAUGGAGUUGAUUCCCUUGGAACAGUUGUGUGGUUUCUGUUGUUUCAGUAUGCGAUUCAUCGUCCUGAUUGAUCUUCUCAUGACUGUCAUUCAACCCGUUACCGUCGCCUACAUUGCCUACUUGAUCUACUGGUGUGUGAGUGAGCCAGAUGUGCUCCCAAUCACAUCUUUCAUUCUGCUCGGUGUCAUCUACGGUCUCCAAGCCUUGAUUUUCAUCCUCCGACGCAAGUGGGAGAUGAUUGGAUGGAUGUUGAUUUACCUUUUGGCCAUUCCCAUCUUCUCUCUUGCUCUGCCGCUGUACUCCUUCUGGCACAUGGAUGACUUCUCCUGGGGUAACACCCGUGUCAUCACCGGAGAGAAGGGUCGACAGGUCGUUAUCUCCGACGAAGGAAAAUACGAUCCCAACUCUAUCCCCAAGAAGAUCUGGGAAGACUACCAAGCAGAGCUCUGGGAGUCUCAGACCUCUCGUGACGAUCAUCGCGAUGACCGUUCCGAGUUCUCUGCACACUCCUACAACACCAGAUUGCCACCUUUCCCCCAGUCUGAGUAUGGAUACCACACUGGCUCACGUCCCGUUUCUCAAAUGGACCUUCCCCUCGGUGGUGGCGGUCCUCGUUACUCAGUCGCUGCCUCCGAAAUGAUGAGCAACUUCGACUCGCAAGAUCUCAGCCAUCUGCCCCCCGAUGAUGAGAUUUUGCAGGAGAUUCGCAACAUUCUCGCCACUGCAGACUUGAUGAAGGUUUCCAAGAAGACAGUCAAGCAGGAGCUGGAAAGACGCUUCGAAGUUAACUUGGACGCUAAGCGGCCUUACAUCAAUUCUGCUACCGAAGCCGUCCUCUCCGGUGUUCUUCCAUUCUUUUACCUCGAGUCUGGCACUCGACCUGCCGUUCAUUUCGUUUCUAUUCAAACAUAUCUCCUGGCUGCAUCCUUAGACAGCAACUUGUUUUCGAUACUUUCAUCCUUCCAAUAUUUUGCAAACAUGCAAUUCAAAGCCGUGUUCGCCCUCGCCUCUACGGCCUUCUUUGCAUCCGCAUCCGCUAAAGAUGCUCGCACCUUCGCCGUGAACCACUUCUACGGCAAUGGCGCCCUGACAAUGGGCCGCAUGGACCCAAUCAUGGACCCAGGACGACCAGCUACACACUCCCACGCCAUCCAAGGAGGAAGCAACUUCAACUUGAGCAUGACAGACGACGCCCUCAUGGACUCCAACUGCACCUCAUCCAUCGUCGACGCAGACAAAAGCAACUACUGGACCCCAUCCCUCUACUUCCAAGCCAACAACGGAUCCUUUUUCUCAGUCCCAAUGUUCUACAUGAACGUCUACUACUUCUUCGAAGCAACAGACGACGAAAUCAAGCCCUUCCCAACCGGUCUACGCAUGUUCGUCGGCAACAGCUCCCUGCGCACCCCUCCCCCAGGCGGCGCAGCCAAUGUCCUCGAUACAAACCAAGGCCCAAUCCAGCCUAUCCAGUUCACUUGUCCGCGCUCAAAUUACGAUAUCCCUUCCUACCCCGAAGACUCAGAUGGCCUUCAUGGCGUCGGUAUCCAAGACCCUAAUAAUGCCGGUGCUGGCGCUGGCUUCCCGCACAUGAACUGUGAUGGAUAUGCAUCCCCUUUGCGCGCUGAUAUCCAUUUCCCAUCCUGCUAUAACCCCAAGGUUGGCUUGCAUGAUUAUAAGAACAAUAUGGUCUUCCCCAGUAGUAAGGGUACUACUGGUGGCAAGGCAAAUUGUCCACCUGGAUGGAUCCAUGUCCCUCAUAUCUUCUAUGAGGUGUACUGGAACACGCCUCUUUUCGCAGAUAUGUGGACAGAGGGAACUGGUUCGCAGCCUUUCAUUCUUAGCAAUGGUGAUCGGACGGGGUAUUCGCUUCAUGGUGACUUUAUCUCUGGAUGGGACGAGGAUGUUUUGCAGAAGAUUAUCGAUAACUGUGAUGCUCAGCAAUCGGGUAUAGAAAAGUGCGCUGAUGCCGGCUUCUUGAAAGAUGUCUCGACUUCAUGCAAUAUUCCCAAUCUUGUGCCUGAGCAGAUUGAUGGUGUUCUUGACAAGUUGCCUGGGAAUAACCCGCCAACUGGCUGGGGCCAGGAUGAGGCGGAUGCGAAGCAGAAGAUUAAGAGACAUAUUCGUGGACAUGCUCGGGGCAGACAUGUUUAG